CGUUUCGAAGUUGCUUGCUGUCUUGAAGCCCGAAUGUGUCAUGUUUUGGUGAAUCGUUGCAUGGCUUCUCAGAGUCACCUUCGCACGCAGGCACGCGGUGGAUGCAUGGAAGUCGAGGUCGGUUUCAUUCUAUAUGCGUACAACNCCCAUUUGAUCCAAGCGCUUGCAUGGAACGCCUUAGGAAAGACGNCCCCUGCGAGUUGCAACAAUGUCCGGGAACCAAGACAAGACGACGCUAAACACCCUGCAGCUGGUACAAAGCAGCAUGCAGCUGCUUUAGUGGUGGACAUUUCGGUUGUUAAGUUUUGGCUGGACCCACGGCUUUUGCUGGUCAAGGAUGNNGGUUUGCGGUUUCUUGACCUGCACAAUGCUUGGUCGAGGUCUCAGCGUNCCUGCUACUCUAGGGUUAGAUGUUCAAUUCGGGUUUCACGGCAAGUGGUCAAGAAGUUAGAUCUAUAG